UCAUUUUGUAUCACCAAGAAAUAAUUCAAGUUUGUAACAAGUAAUAAAAUCCUCUUCUAAGUUAUAAAAUCUUUCUUCUUCACAAAACUUAUUUCUCUUCAAACACUUAAACACUUUCUCCAUCUUUAUAAAGUUUUUCAUUCCAACACGCUUAUUUGUUUCCUAUUGAUGCUGUUGGACUUUCUUAACCUAGUUUCCGUUUCAUUUGAUUUAAAUUCUCUCUUUGCUUGCUGUUAAAUGAAUUGCUUUCUUUGGCUCUGGACUGGUUGAUCCCUUGUAGGCCCCCAGAUCGGAGAAGAAGAUGGGGUGCUUCUCCUGCUUCAAACCUUCCCCUUCUGAGGAUCCUUUUGAAGUAGAAACUGUUAUCGUUGAAGAAGUGUCAUGGUAUGAAGCUCACAUUCAAGAAUCUGAACGACUUGCUUUAAAAAUUCAAGAAGCUGAACAGCUUGAUGUGGCCAUUCAAGAAUCUAAACGAUCUGCUUUAGACAUUCAAGAAGCUGAACAGCUUGAGGUGAUUCCUCCUCCUCCUCCUCCUCCUCCACCACUUAAAGAACAUAACAACAUUUCCUCUAGAGCGCCGUUGGAUGAAGAUGAUGAAGAGCGGAUUAUCCGGGAUAGUUCGAAGGAAACAAAGCCAUCUGAAGAUGAGGUGAUUCCUCCUCGUAGCAUGUGUGGUGGUUGCCACUUUGAGAUUGAACAAGGAGGAUCUGUGGAUGUUUUGGGUGUCCCUUGGCAUCCUGAAUGUUUCUCUUGUGGUGCUUGCCACAACCCAAUUUCUAUUGAAAACCAUGUUUCAAACUCAAGAGGCAAGUUUCACAGGGCCUGCUAUGAACGGUACUGCUAUGUCUGCAAAGAGAAGAAGAUGAAAAAUUACCAUAAGCAUCCUUUCUGGGAGGAGAGGUACUGCCCUGCUCAUGAAACUGAUGGAACUCACAAGUGUUUCAGUUGCGAGAGGUUAGAGGUGAGUUUACAUGAGAUGAGACAAGGACGGAAACUACUAGGAAUGAGUUGUUGGUUGUUUUUUUUUUUUUUUUGGCAGCCUAGGGGAACGAACUUCGUAAUGCUUGAUGAUGGAAGGUGGCUAUGUCUAGAGUGUAUGUCAUCAGCAGUUAUGGAUACUGACGAAGUCCAGCCUCUGCACUUUGAAAUCCGUGAAUUCUUCCAUGACUUAAACAUGAAGGUUGAGAAAGAGUUUCCACUUCUUCUGGUGGAGAAACAAGCGCUGAAUAAAGCUGAGGAGGAAGAGAAGAUUGACAAUCAGCAUGGUGUGGUAACCAGAGGUAUUUGUCUCUCUGAAGAGCAGAUUGUCACAAAUGUGUCAAAAGGGCCGAAGAUGGGGCCGAACAAGCAGCUAAUAGGCUUGACCACGGAAUCUCAAAGGGUUGUCAGUGAGUUUGAGGUCACUGCAAUUCUCAUCUUAUAUGGACUUCCUAGGUUACUAACAGGAUACAUCUUGGCACACGAAAUGAUGCAUGCUUAUCUUAGACUCAAUGGAUAUAGGAAUCUGAACAACGUCCUGGAAGAAGGAAUAUGCCAAGUGCUAGGGCACAUGUGGUUGGAGUCUCAGACAUACGCUACUAUUGAUGCUGCUGCUGCAUCUUAUUCUUCGUCUUCCCAACCUCCUGGUGGAGCUAAUGCGUCAAAGAAAGGUGAGUGGUCUGAGUUCGAGAAAAAGCUGGUGGAGUUUUGCAAGAAUGAGAUUGAAACAGAUGAGUCAGCAGUCUAUGGUGAGGGGUUUAGGAAAGUUAACCAUAUGGUGACAAAUUCCAACCUCUAUGAAACGCUCCAAGAGAUUCUUCGCCGCCGCGGUUGAUUGAAGAAGACGAAGACGAUCCCCAGAUUCAAAAGUUUUGAAUCAUCCAUUUACCAAACAUAACAUAUAUGUAUUUUACACACAUAUGCACGUUUUCAGCAUUGUUUUUGUUAUUCGAUGAAGCUUUGUAUGUUUUGUUCUAAUGGGUCCAAUAAAGGCCCAUUGGUUCUGUUGCUAAUAUCUCACGUAUUGAAUUAAUGGGCUUUUUAAUGGUCAUUCAAAUUUUAGUCGAACGCGACGUGCCUCUCAAGUAGGCCUGGGCAUUUUAAUCCGGACCCGAAGACCCGAACCAGAACCG